AUGAUUAUUCCAACUACCAUUACAGGAGGAACUCACAAGAAUAAAUGCUUGUAUACUCCAUUUUCUUCGCAACAUUUUGAAACGACUACCAGAAGAAUCAAGAAAACGAAUCCAAGACACCAUUCCAGCGCUAAAAGUCACACAAAAAUGCUUAUCAAAGAGCAUCAGAAGCAGUAUGCAAAUGAAAUAGCAUCUCCACACUACGAAGCGGAAUUUGGAUAG